AUGGACAAUAUAGAGGUAGACCAGUUUAAUAGUCCUGUAGAAACAGAAAUCUUGGGCUUCAUCUCUUCAGAGUGCUUAUAUCCCUUCCGUCCCUUACAAUUGCUAUUCUCUCCUUUUCUGCUAGGCAACAUUAAGGAGCUGGCAGAUCAGACAUG